CAGCUUUAAAUAUCACUUUUGUACGUAUUACUUUAGAUUCCUUACGUAACUUUUAUCACUAUCUCUCUCACUCUCUAUCACUACAGUACUACUCUAUUUCACUCUCAAUUUGAUACUUUUAUUUUAUCAUUCACUCAUUCAGUACUCCCUCCUCUCAUUUCUCCGGCCAUGGAACCAAGAAACUUCCUCCGCUUUCUCUUCUUUCCUCUCACACUUGGAAUACUAGUCUUAUUCUUCACCUGGCUCACCUUCACUCACGCGCCACCCUCUGCAGUGGAGCUUCUCGACUGUGCCACCAACUCUCCCUGGUGCACUUCCAAGAAUCGCAUCCAACAUCAGCCCCCAAAAUCCACGCGCCUCCGUGACCAUACUCUCGACACUCCCCACCACCCGCUAGACCCUCUAACAGUCCAAGAAAUCAGAAAAAUCCGUACGCUCCUUUCUUCCCACGCGCUCUUCCGCGCGUCGCCCUACUCGCUCCACACCGUCGAGCUCGAAGAGCCGGAGAAGUCACUCGUCAUUGGUUGGAAGAAGGGCGACCCACUUCCGCCGAGGAAGGCUACUGUGGUCGCACGUGCGAGAGGAGCCUCGCACGUGCUGACCGUUGAUCUCAGUACGGAAGAGGUGACCGUACACCAAACUGGGAAGCAUUCUGGUUAUCCGAUGAUGACCGUGGAGGAUAUGACUACGGCCACCGUGGUCCCAUUAACGAGCGCCGAGUUCAACCGUACGAUCGUCGGUCGCGGAGUUAAUCUGACGGACCUGGCGUGCUUGCCGAUUUCACUGGGGUGGUUCGGUAAGGCGGAGGAAGGAAGGAGGUUGAUUAAGGUACAGUGCUACUCCAUGAAAGAUACGGUGAACUUUUAUAUGAGACCAAUCGAAGGGUUGACCGUAACCGUUGACCUUGACACCAAACAAGUGGUUAAAAUAUCCGAUAAGGGCAAGACCAUACCCAUACCAAAGGCCUCCAAUACAGAUUACCGGUUUUCAACCAUGGAGCAGAACCGGGUCAUGGAUAUACUGAACCCUAUAUCUCUCGAGCAACCCAAAGGUCCGAGUUUCGUGAUAGAAGAUGAUCAUUUAGUGAAAUGGGCAAAUUGGGAAUUUCACCUUAAACCCGAUGCGAGAGCAGGUGUGAUAAUAUCUAGGGCCAAGAUCCGAGACCCGGAUUCGGGUGAAUUAAGGAACGUGAUGUACAAAGGGUUAGCUUCGGAGCUAUUUGUGCCUUAUAUGGACCCGACUGAUGCAUGGUAUUUCAAGACUUAUAUGGAUGCAGGCGAAUAUGGGUUCGGGUUAGAAGCCAUGCCGCUCGACCCGCUUAAUGACUGUCCCCGGAAUGCUUACUACAUGGAUGGUGUUUUCGCGGCGGCCGAUGGUACUCCCUAUGUGAGGUCUAACAUGGUUUGCGUGUUUGAAAGCUACGGAGGCGAUGUCGCAUGGCGACACGCAGAAAGUCCCAUUACGGGUAUGGAUAUUAGGGAAGUAAGACCGAAGGUGACACUUGUGGUGCGAAUGGCAGCAUCGGUUGCAAACUAUGACUAUAUUGUUGAUUGGGAGUUUCAAACAGAUGGAUUGAUUCGAAUUAAGGUUGGGCUUAGUGGCAUAUUGAUGGUGAAAGGCACUGAAUAUGAGAACACAAAUCAAAUUCCUAAUGAAGAUAAUAUCUAUGGUACCCUUUUGUCUGAAAAUGUAAUUGGUGUCAUUCAUGAUCAUUACAUCACAUUUUAUCUUGAUAUGGACGUGGACGGCUCAGACAAUUCCUUUGCCAAAGUCCAUAUUGAAAGAGUUAAAAACUCACAAGGAGAUUCAUCAACACCAAGAAGAAGUUACUUGAAAGCAACAAAAAAAGUGGCAAAAACUGAAAAAGAGGCACAAAUUAAGCUAAAAUUGUAUGAUCCCUCCGAGUUCCACGUGUUCAACCCAACAAAGAAAACUCGGGUCGGGAACCCGGUUGGGUACAAGGUGGUACCCGGAGGCACCGCGGCUAGCCUUCUUGACCUGGAUGACCCUCCACAAAAGAGAGGUGCUUUUACAAAUAACCAAAUUUGGGUUACCCCUUAUAACAGGAGUGAGCUGUGGGCUGGCGGCUUAUUUGUUUACCAAAGUCAUGGUGAAGACACCCUUGCUGUGUGGUCUAACAGGGAUAGGAUAAUUGAAAAUAAAGACAUAGUGGUUUGGUACACUUUGGGAUUUCAUCAUGUGCCAUGUCAAGAGGACUAUCCUAUAAUGCCUACAGUCUCAUCUAGCUUUGAUUUGAAGCCUGUUAAUUUCUUUGAGAGAAACCCUAUUCUUGGAGUCCCACCGAAUGUCGAGAAUGACCUACCUUCUUGUAAAUCACCUUAGAUCAUCUCUAAUGGGAGAUGUAAAAAUUGUAUUAUAUUUGAUAUAAAAAUUAGUUUUGUGGUAAAUUUAAUUACAUCAAAUUUUAACUUUGUGCUCGAAUACACAAUUGUAAAAUUUUGAUGUAAAAUUUAAUAUCUAAUUAGAGGAGUGCUAGAGACUCUUUUUUACACUCUCUUCCUAAUUGAGUGACAUGUGUAAGCUUCUAAAUUAUGUUUAAAAAUAGUUACAAUUAUGCCCUCA